AUGGAGGAAGAUGCGGUGACCCCAGCUCUCAUGGCUGUUGGAUAUAAGGCGCUGGGGAACAACUGCUUCUCUGAUAUCGUGGCGUUUCCCUCAUUCCGAACCAUUAAUAACGCCAACUUGAAGAUGGCUUCCGAGAACGUAAUCAAGAAGACCGAUGGGUUGGAUGUUAACGACGAGCCCAACGACAUCAUCGAGGGCAUCAUCGAAGAUGCGACUGAAUAUUCCGACUCCUAUUUCAGGAAACUGCGUGUCAAGAUCGACUUGUUUCUGCUUCCGUUGAUGUGGGUGUGCUACGGAACUCAGCAGGCCGAUAAGACAUCUCUCAGUGUCCAGGCCGUAUUUGGCUUCCGCGAAGACACCGGAUUGGUUGGCGAGCAGUUCAACUGGUUGAGCACCAUCUUCUACCUUUCUUACUUGGUAUGCGAGUUUCCCGGCAACUGGUUGAUUCAAAAGAGUCAUACUGGAAAGUUUCUUUCGGUUGUAAUGGUACUAUGGGGUGUCGUGGUUCUCUGCAUCGCAUUCGCAAAGAAUUUCGCACACCUCAUGGUCCUUCGCACCCUCCAAGGAGCUUUGGAAUGCACGAUUUCACCAACCUUUAUGCUGAUCACGGGGGCUUGGUACACCUCGCAAGAGCACACAUUGAGGUCUCUGAUCUGGGGAACAUCAAACGCCGGCAUGAACAUCAUCACCGGUCUCUGCAUGUACGGGAUCGGAUUACAUGCACAGAAAGAGCCCAAUGGGCUUGCAGCAUGGAAAGCCAUCUCCUUCUUUCUUGGCAGCCUGACCAUUGCAUGUGGAGUCCUUGUCUGGUUCAUCCUUGGCACACCUCGUGAGGUUCGAUGGCUCAACGAAGAUGAGAAGAAGGCGGCUAUUGCUCGCGUGCUCGCCAAUCAAACCGGUUCCGACAGGAAUAAGCGGUCAGAGUUUAAGUGGGAGCAAGUUUGGAGCACUUUCAAGGAUCCGCAAACGUAUUUCUUCUUCUUCGUUACCAUCAUUAAUGCACUGCCCAACGGAGCGAAUACUACAUUUUCCAAGUUGAUCUGGAAGUCGUUCGGCUUCACACCGUUGGAAACACUCCUCAAGGGGUCUACUCCAUACUAUUGCGUUAGCAUCUGCUGGUUCUUGGUCGUCGGAUACGUUACGCUGAAGAAGCCCAACCUCAGAUUCAUGAUGAUGAUGUUCUCCCUCAUGCCCGCCUUCAGUGGCAUGAUGGCUUUGGCUCUUCUUCCAACCGACUCUAUGAAGUGGACUAGGUGGGGCAUGUACAUCUUGCAGGUCUUUGGAUCGUUGCCUGGGCUCAUGAUCUGGACCUUCCUGCCGUCCAACGUCGCUGGAAGAACGAAGAAGACCGUCACCUCAACAGUCUUGUUCGUCGCUUACUGUGUUGGAAACGCCGUGGGAGCUCAAAUGUUCGUGGCCUCAGACGCGCCAAAGUACAUUCGCGGGCUUACUGCUUGUGCGGUUCUCUAUUGCAUUGAGUUCUGCAGCAUGGCGGCAUGGCGGUUCUACUACAUCUGGGAGAACAAAAGACGAGCGAAGAUGAUCCGCGACCAAGGAAUCUCUGACGAAGAGAAACCAUACGGUCUACACUGGGUCCCCAAGGCUCCGAUGUAG